ACUUGUCAAAAUCAGCGCUAAAAUGAUUGCAUUCGAUUUUGUUUACUAGUCGAGAACGGGUCCAAGUGAAAAAAGCUUUGUGAAAUUCAACAAUUCCAAAAUAUGACAUCAACAGAAGAGCAGACAAACGGGCCAGAUCCAGAGGAUUGCUUUAAAAUUCUUCUGGCAACUGAUAUUCAUCUUGGUUACAAGGAAAAAGAUGAAAUUAUUGGCAAAGACAGUUUCGUCACAUUUGCAGAAAUUUUGCAGCAUGCAAAACAGCGUGAAGUUGACUUCAUUUUGCUUGGCGGUGAUUUGUUUCACGAUACCAAUCCAUCCAAAGAGGCACUGCAAAAAUGUAUGGAAUUAUUGCGUGCAUACACUUUAGGCGAUACACCGAUUAGCUUUGAAAUUCUCAGCGAUCACGAGGUCAAUUAUCAUGACGCCAAUCUGAAUGUUGCCAUUCCGGUGUUCUCUAUUCAUGGCAACCAUGAUGAUCCAAGCGGUUAUGGUGGUUUGAGUUCGAUGGAUUUACUUGAAACGUCUGGACUAUUGAACUAUUUCGGGAAAUGUAAUAGUUUGGAAGAGGUGAACAUUAAGCCAAUUUUGAUGAAAAAAGGAACCACACAACUGGCAUUGUAUGGUCUAAGCCACAUUCAUGACAAUCGAUUGGCGCGUUUGUUCCGUGACACAAAAGUCACAAUGGAUCAACCGGAUGAACGAUCGGGUGAAUGGUUCAAUGUGAUGGUAUUGCAUCAGAAUCGUGUUGAUCGUGGUCCAAAAAAUUAUGUGCCACAAGAAAUUUUGCCCGAAAUUAUGGAUUUCAUACUUUGGGGACAUGAACAUGAUUGCCGUGUUAUACCUGAAGAAGUGCCUGGCAAAUCGUUUUUCGUGUCACAACCCGGUUCAUCGGUGGCCACAUCAUUGUCCGAAGGUGAAUCGAUCGAAAAGCACAUUGCAAUACUGCAUGUGUGCCAAAAUCAGUUCAAAUGUGAACCAAUCAAAUUGCAAACGGUGCGACCGUUCAUUUUCAAAUCGAUUAAUCUACAAGAUUAUGAAGAUGAACUGGAUUUGGAUGAAGGUGAUGUCAAACCAAAGGUCAAAGAGUUGAUCAGCGGAAUUAUCAAUCAAAUGAUUGAUGAAGCAAAAACCAAACUCACUGACUGUCGAAGUCAACCGAAGGAACCGUUGAUUCGGUUGCGAGUUUUGUAUCAAAAUGAAGACUAUGCAAUCAACGAAGUUCGAUUUGGUCAACAAUUUAAUCAGCAGGUGGCGAAUCCAUCAGAGGUAUUGAAAAUGCAGCGUAACACCAAGCGCGUGAAAGUCGAAAAGAGAUCCAUCGACGAAGAAGCCAUGAACAAUGCAUUUAAUAAGGAUGACGAAGAAGAGGAAGAAGAUAUUCGCUUAGAAGAUUAUGUGGAUCGGUACUUCAAAGAUCCAAACAAUUCAGAACGGCUACAGGUUUUGUUUCCGACUUGUCUAUCAGAAGUAUGCCGCCGCUUGGCUGAGUACAACGACGAUGAUGCUGCCAACAAAACCAUCGGCAUGUCCAUCAACAAGGCUUGUGAUUUUUUGAACGAUAAAAUGCCAGAGGAUACUGAUAUUGAAGAUGCACUGGACGAAUACCGUUUGACAGGUGAACAAGUGUUCAAAGAUAUUCAAAAGGCAUUGUCGAGUCGGAAAUCUACCACAACCGCGCUGGGUCAGUUCUUAAUGAAUGUUGACGGCGAUGAUGAUGAUCAGUCGAAUGAAAAGGAAAAUAAAUCAACGUCCAACGCUCGAGGCUCCAGAGCAUCCAAGGCGACCACCAGCAAAUCGACGGCAAGUAAAUCAACGGCCAGCAAAACAACUGCGUCUGGCAGAGGAAGAGGUUCAACGCGUGGUCGAGCCCCAGCAUCGUUGAAUGUUUCGACAUCGCGAGGCCAGCAACCAACCAUUCAACAAUCGUUGGGCCGCAGAAGCACACGUCCCACCAGAGGCAUUGUCUACGAUCUUGAUGACUCCGAUUAACCUGCCAUGCUCACCACUUUGAUCAUUCAUAAGCAAACCAUUUUAAGGGUUGUCAUUCCUUUCGCAUAUUUUGUGUAUGCAAGUUCCAUUACAUUGAAUCUCUAUAUCAUGUUCUUCUAUUCAGCAUAGACUGAGCUGUUGAUUUUGAUGAAAUCAAAUAAAAAAAAACAUUUUCUAUCUUGUAUCAAAAA